AUGUGUCAACAAUUCAUUAAAAAGGAUAUUAUUGUACAUACAUCCGAGUGUCGAUCACGGGAAAUACUGCACAAUGAUAAACGGCCAGAACCACCUACCGAUGAACGUAGUUCUUCGCCGCCAAAUAGGCCAUCCCAUCUGCAAUUUGAGUUGCCCAAAGAACCUGACUGGAUCCUGAAUAGUCUGGGCGAAAUUUCCUCCAGGGUAGAACAGCAGCCAUCUCGCACGAAUCUGUCCAUUCCACCAACUUGCAGACAAUGCUUCUCGUAUUGCCGUUAUCUCAGUUUUCUUUCCGAUCUACCCAGCUUUCACCGGAGAGUCACUUGGAACUCAGCUGAAAACGAACAUCAUGGACGAGAGAUUUAUCUGGGUUCCAGGAUAAUUACUUAUGCACACCGUAGUCUGGACUUCGGAAGGAACGGCACUCACUACAGCCUUGAAUUUGAAAAGUAUCUUGACAAAUAA